AUGGAGUUGGCUGGCGCAGUCACCCUCCUUGUUGUCGUCUAUGUAUCUUGUCUUCUGAUCGCCUUGGCUAAGAAGAAGCUAUCACAGAAAGGGAGGCUUCCUCCAGGUCCCAUUCCCUUGCCUCUGGUUGGGAAUUUCUUGCAGAUCAAAUCAUCAGAAAUCUUAAAAUCUCUUCUCCGGCUGCAUGAAAAAUAUGGCCCCGUUUUCACCGUCUAUUUGGGAGCGCGUCCAGUUGUGGUCUUAUGUGGACACCAAGCAGUGAAGGAAGCCCUGAUAGACAGGGCAGAAGACUUCAGUGGACGGGUAACCAACGCUACUCUGGAACCGACCUUCCAAGGAUAUGGGGUGGUCUUUGCCAACGGAGUGUGCUGGAAGCAAAUGCGCCGGUUCUCCCUCACCGUUUUGAGAAAUUUUGGAAUGGGGAAGAAAACCAUUCAAGACCGAAUCGAAGAGGAGGCCCAGUUCCUGCUGGCAGAAUUUCGGAAGACUAAGGGUAAGGAAGAGAAGCCCAUUGACCCCACCUACUACUUCAGCCAGGCUGUCUCCAACAUCAUUUGCUCCAUUGUUUUUGGGGAUCGCUUUGACUACGAGGACAAGGACUUCCAGAACCUCAUGCACAUGAUGAACAACAGCUUCCGGGAAAUGAGCACGGGCUGGGCUCAGUUCUACGACACGUAUGCCAGCUUCCUGAAGUACUUCCCAGGGCCCCACACCAAAGUCUAUGACCUCCUGGAAGAAAUGAGGCUCUUCAUUGCCAAGAGAGUGAAGAAAAACCAAGAGACUUUUGACCCCAGCCUCCCCCGGGACUUCAUUGAUUGUUUUCUCAUUCAGAUGGAAAAGGAAAAAGACAACCCCUUGAGUGAAUUUAAUGUCAAGAACUUGGAGCUCACCACCCUUAACCUGUUCUUUGCUGGGACAGAGACAGUCAGCUCCACCUUGAGAUAUGGCUUUCUGUUUCUGGUGAAAUAUCCUGACGUGCAAGCCAAAGCGCAUGAGGAAAUUGACCGAGUGAUUGGCCAUAACCGUGUCCCGAACAUUGAAGACCGGAGCCAAAUGCCGUAUAUGGAUGCCGUCAUCCAUGAAGUGCAGAGAGUCAGUGAUCUCAUCCCCAUGGAUCUGGCCCACAUGGUUAUCCGUGACACUGAAUUCAGAGGAUACCUCAUUCCUAAGGGGACAGAGAUCUACCCCAUUCUCAGCACAGUCUUGAAUGAUCCUACAAUGUUUAAGACUCCCGAUGCUUUCAACCCAGAGAACUUCCUGGAUGAGAAUGGACGCUUCAAGAAGAACGAUGCCUUUGUGCCAUUCUCCUUAGGAAAACGGGUCUGUCUGGGGGAAGCCUUGGCCCGCAUGGAGCUUUUCCUCUUCUUCACCACUAUCCUGCAGAGUUUUCGGCUGAAGCCCCUUCUUGCACCUGAGGACCUUGACACAACCCCCCAAGAGAGUGGCUUUGCCAACAUCCCACCCUUUUACCAGAUCUCCAUGAUCCCACGCUGACUCUUCUGAGGUCCCUUUCUCCUCAACCUUGGCCAUCUUACAUAAACUGCAUUCCCAAACUCCACAGGGAGAAGGCUGGGCUCUUUGUUCUUGGGAUCUCAAACAAAUGGCUCUCAUCUUUCAUCCCCAGAUCAAGGCUUAUUGUACUGGGUGCUAUUGGAACCCCAGCUGGGUAACAGGGCUGCUCUUGACCCUUUCUAGCAUUUCCUAUCUUCUGGAGAAUCUCAAAAGUGUGAUGAUCCUUGCAUUUUAUGGCUAUAUAUAUAUAUAGGUGUUUAUAAAGUGUUGAGGUUGCCUUGAAACAGGGACGUAGCCAA